AAAAAGUUGGCUUUGGGGGUCUUGUCUGACAGCCCAAUUUGAUGGCCUACCGCCCAAUCGCUAACAACAUCAACAAUCACAGAAGCAAUAGACCAAAAAGAAAACAACAGCGCUCAUCCCCCCUUCACAUUGGUGCUCCUUGGAUUGUUCCAUGCGAUAACGCUGGAUAUAGACCUAGUCCGUACGCAUUGCAUUUCUCAACCAGCAACUACGUACACCACUUGUACUACUACUACCGGUACCAGCAUGUUCUGAUCAGGACCCUCACCGGCCAAACCAAACACAUCGAACCGGCCCUCCUCAGAUGGCUCAGUCCAUACUGGUGGACCGUGCCUGGUGGUGACAAUGACCAGGAACGACGCCCUGUCCCGUUUCAGCUCCAUUACGAGCUCCUCCACAGACAGUGCACACUCAACGGCUACCGUUAAGCCGUUGCCAUCAACGCCUAUCGCCAGCGAUACACGAAGACAUUCAAGCGGCUCUCGACCAGCCAUCCCGUCGCGCCUCAGGAUUGACGAUGAUUUGAACCGGUGAGUCGCUGCCAAUACUGUAUUUACAGCUGGUGACCAAUUUGGCCGGCACCCCUGGUGCCAAUUUGCUGGUGGAGAACGGAGAUCGGUGCCGCAGCUUUUGCAUCCAUCCCACGCUGUCAAAACUUGUGCGCUUCAUUCAGCUGGACUCGCCAGUGGAGAGCGCAAACACGAUCGAGUUAGAUUUGAUUCGACCUCGGCUAGCUUCCCUCUAAGCAAGGAAGAAACGGAGAAAUUUGAACCCAGAAAAGAAAAAGAAAAACGAGACCAAGAAAGAAGAAAAAAAAGUCGAUAGCGAAUCAAAAGAAGAGAGAGAGCAGUUGACACCAGACACAGACCCUAAUGUUUUGCGCAUUCUAGUAUUACCGCCUCUCCGCUCAGAGACGACACGCAGGUAUCACCGACAAACACGUUCGGCACGCGCGUUGCAUUAUCACCAUCAUCUCCCACCUCCAAUGUAUUCCCCCGCGAGCAACGACUGAGCGACUUCGGGAACUAUCGAAGGGACCUCGCCGUGCUGGAUCCCGGCGGCAGUCGAGUGCCUCAAAUCCAGCAGCCUCCGCCGAACACGGGGCCGUCCCUGAGCAGCCAAGUUGCUCCCUGGAUGACCUCCAACGGCACCGGCGGCGCUCCAGCCGCCAUCAACACCAGCUUCUACAAUGAUUCAAGCGACAACCUCUCGGUCGCGUCACAGCUCUCCCCUGGCUUCCGAAUACCCGGCGGCAGACCGUCGAUUUCGCAACCCUCGGGUGUAGGCGCCGAUAACAAUGAGGCAUCAUACUUUGGCGACGAACGAAGGCCGUCGAUAGCCAGCAUCACAACGACUGCGAGCAGCCAGGGCUCCAAAGCCAGCGGGAACAGGGGUGGCUUUCGAAAGCUGCAGGGCUUCUUUGGAGAGGAGUUUCCCGGCCGAGAUUCCUCCGACACUAGUCUUCCACCUGCCGUUCCGGGCAAGGAGCACCGCUCACACUCGUACAGCCACGGCCGACCGUACCGAGACCGCAACUAUUCCAACGCUACUGACCAUACUCGGGACGGAUCACCGUCGUCGUCCAGACCCAGAACACCAGUGCCUGCCCCAGAGGUAGUGCCAUUCUUGUAUCAAGAAGCUGAUGACAUUGCAAAAUAUGGCGAAGCUCCUGUCAGGGAUAUCCUGUCUGGCCCCGAUCGUGAACGUUAUGUGACCGGCGAUUCAUUACAAAACCCACCCAAGACCUCAUCUUCAUCGCGAUCCGGUCAUUCUCUCGCCCACCUGUCGGGUCAACAUCGACACCAGAAAAGUAACGAUGACCCGAGAACUUUGCGCCCUACCAUGAGCCGGGACGACUCUGCUGUUCCCACCUACAAGGACCGUAGCGGGUCUGCCACCACCAUGAUGACAACCUCCAGAGACCGCGCCCACAGCCCGGCCCCGAGCGGACACAGCAUCGGUGGUUACUUCAGCUCGAAAAACGGUACCUACGAUGGUCAAACUUCGCCGCCUGGGCAUCAAAAGAAGAGCCUGCUUGGUCGCUUCAAGAGGAACAAAGACAAGGAGGACACGGGUUCGCUCAAGAAAACUUCUCUCUCGAGCACCUCGCUCAAUUUGAAACCUUCACGAUCGGAAUUUGGAGGGGAUGGGGCAUCUACCAUGGGUCAGGAUUGGCCCUCGCGCCUAGCGGAACCGUCUCAAUACAAUUCCAACUCCAACUCUGCCUCGGCACGACCGCCGCAAGCCCGACACGGUACUUUCAAAUCGCCAUUUGCGAAGCGAGGGCGUACUCAUCACAGGCAUGACGAUCGCGACGAGGCUAUCGGGCCCACCGAUAAGCACGAUGGGAUGCAAGCAGGUGGAACCAUGUUCCAUCUCGAUACUGACCUCAAUGACAUGAGCGGCAUCCUAAGCCGACCUCUGCCCUUGACCCCUAUGGACGCUGAUUUCGUUGGUACCAUCAAGGGCGAGAAGUCCACUGUCACUUCCAAUGGCCGCAACGGCGCUUGGGACGCCCCCGACAGCUGGGCUGUCAAGCGAACAGGUGACGAUUUAGCCUACCACGGACCGGAGAAUGACGAGGCUGGCCCGUCACCGAGACCAGAAGAGAAGAUGACCUCUUACUGCAUACGCGUGUUCAAGUCGGACGGCACGUUUGCAACUUUGCAGAUGUCAAUCGACUCGUCGGUCCAGGACCUCAUCGGGCAGCUGUCUAAGAAGUCAUAUGUCUCUGGUGGUCUCGAGUACCACAUCGCUCUACGCAAACACGGCCUCAUCCGCGUGCUCGGCUCUGCAGAGAAGCCGCUCUUUAUACAAAAACGUCUAUUACGACAGGUGGGUUUCGAGGAGAGGGAUCGUAUUGAAGACAUUGGUCGUGAGGACAACAGUUACCUCUGUCGCUUUCUUUUCAUGUCCUCGCGAGAGCUCGAGCAACAGGCACGAACCCAGGAUCUAGGCCUGGGCCGGACGCAAAAGUUCAACCACGUGGACCUGUCGGCGCGCAAUAUUAUCCGAAUCCCCAUCUACCUCUACUCCAAGGUUCAGGACAUCAUCUCUCUUAAUCUAUCGAAAAACCUGUCCCUGGACUUACCGCGCGACUUCAUAUCGUCUUGCCAGAAUCUUCGCGAUAUCAAGUUCAACAACAACGAGGCCAGGAAACUCCCAGCCAGUCUUGGGCGUGCGAGCAGGCUUACGUAUCUUGACGUGUCCAACAACCGGAUUGACCAUUUGGAGAAUGCUGAGCUCAACGGUCUCGUUGGCCUUUUGAAGCUUAAUCUUGCCAACAACAGACUUAAGCACCUGCCUCCAUACUUUGGUGCUUAUCGGUCUCUGAGGACCCUCAAUGUGUCUUCUAACUUUUUGGACAAAUUCCCAUCCUUCCUCUGUGAGCUCGAGAGUUUAGUCGACCUCGAUCUGAGCUUCAACCUGAUUGGAGCCUUCCCGCCAGCUAUUGAGAACCUGCGAAACCUCGAGAAACUUGUCAUCACAAACAACAGGUUAGCAGGCACACUGCCAGACAGCUUCAGCCGUCUCCAAAGUCUUAGAGAGCUCGACAUCAAGUACAAUGCAAUUUCGGGCAUCGAUGUGAUAUCUCUGUUGCCAAAGCUCGAGAUUUUGGCUGCAGAUCACAACGCCAUUUCUCAGUUUGUUGGCUCCUUCGAAAGAGUCAGGAGUCUGAAGCUCAAGGACAACCCCAUCACGCGGUUCGAGCUGACAUCGACGGUCCCAACGCUAAAACUGCUCAACUUGUCGAACGCCAAACUCGCUAGUAUCGCUGAGUCUUUUAAUCACAUGCUCAACCUAGAAAGGCUUGUUUUGGAUAGAAACCAUUUCGUCUCUUUGCCAUCCCAGAUUGGCAGACUGCGGCGACUGGAACACUUCAGCAUCGCCCACAACGCGCUGGCCGAGCUCCCACCGGAGGUAGGAUGCCUUCAGGAGCUCAAAUUCCUCGAUGUGCGCGGCAACAAUCUCAAAAAGCUACCAUUGGAGAUUUGGUGGGCAAACAAGCUGGAGACACUCAACGCCUCGUCCAACGUCAUGACGGAUUUCCCCAAGCCGGCGUCAAGACCACCCCAACCUCCCGAGUCGAGUCCCGGUUCUAUGCAGGGUUCUAAUGGUAAAGUUGCUAUGGUUGGCUCAUUAUCGACCCCGCCUAGUAUAGAAGACCUCGAUCCCGACGACUCUAGACGACCCAGCCAGGCCUCUUCCAGCACUUUGCUGAGUGUGGGACCAUCACCCGUCCCAGCCGGGCCGGACCGCAAGAGCUCAGUGGUGUCUGUCUACGGCAAGGGUGGCCGCAAGACGUCCAUCAUAUCGAGGAGUGCCAACUCGAGCGGCAACGCCCCUGCGCCCCCUAACACUAGAAAAGACUCAGGGCUGUCGGCACGUAUUACCAACACCUUCUCGGGCUCGUUGCGAAAUCUUUUCCUCGCGGAUAACCUGUUGGACGAUGACGUGUUUGACCAGAUAAUGCUUCUGUGCGAGCUUCGUGUACUCAAUCUUUCGUUCAACCAAAUCAGUGACAUGCCGCAGCGAUGCAUAAAGAGCUGGCCGCAGCUAUCGGAGCUAUAUUUGUCCGGCAAUGAGCUCACAACAAUACCAGUUGACGACCUGGAGGAAUACAGUCUGCUUCAGGUCCUUCACAUCAACUGCAACAAAUUCACCAAUCUGCCGGCUGACAUAUCAAGAGCCAAGAAGCUGGCAGUGCUGGACUGUGGCAGCAACUUCCUCAAGUACAACAUUAGCAAUGUACCAUAUGACUGGAAUUGGAACCUCAAUCCAAACCUGAGAUAUCUGAACCUUUCGGGCAACCGGCGGCUGGAAAUAAAGCAACCAGCCUAUGGUAGUGGCGCCGGGAAUAGGGAGCAGUACACAGAUUUCAGUAGGUUGCAAAACCUGCGGGUCUUGGGUCUCAUGGAUGUCACUCUCACCCAGCCUAGUAUUCCGGAGCAGAGCGAGGACUGCAGAGUAAGGACGUCGGGCUCCUCGGCCGGUUAUCUGCCUUAUGCCAUGGCCGACACGCUUGGCAAAAAUGAGCAUCUGUCGACGGUCGACUUGGUUGUGCCGCGGUUCAAUGCAUCCGAGACGGAGACGCUGCUAGGCUUGUUUGACGGCCAGGCUCUUUCAAGUGGUGGCUCUAAGAUAGCCAAGUAUCUACAUGAGAACUUUGGUCAGAUUCUGGCUACAGAGUUGAGAGCACUCAAGACCGGCCUCAAGGAGACGCCAGAGGAUGCGCUGCGACGUGCAUUCUUGGCGCUCAACAAGGAGCUGGUGACCAUUGCGAUCCAGCACAGCGAGGACCGGCCGUCUGUGCCACACCGCAGCGGCUCUCAGGCCCACGUAAUCCUCAACAAGGAAGAUCUCAACUCGGGAGGCGUGGCAACAGUCGUCUAUCUUCAAGGGCAGGAUCUCUACGUUGCCAACGUUGGAGAUGCGCAGGCCAUGAUUAUCCAGUCGGACCAAACACACAAGAUGCUGACGAGGAAACAUGAUCCGGCAGAGCCCACGGAGCGUAGCCGAAUCCGAGAGGCGGGAGGUUGGGUAUCUCGAAACGGCAAGCUGAACGACCAGCUCGGUGUGUCGAGAGCUUUCGGCUAUGUCGACUUGAUGCCAGCCGUGCAGGCGGCUCCCCACGUCAGCCAUGUGGCAAUCAGGGAGCAGGACGAGAUGAUACUGCUGGCCACAAGCGAACUCUGGGAACACCUGGCGCCUGAGCUGAUAGUGGACAUAGCUCGACAGGAGCGCGGUGAUCUUAUGAGGGCAACCCAAAAGCUUCGCGACCUAGCCAUUGCUUACGGCUCGACCAACAAAAUUAUGAUUAUGAUGAUCAGUGUGGCGGACCUGAAGCGGAGGACCGAACGCACUCGAAUUAAUAGAGGUCAGAGCAUGUCCAUUCACAACUUGAGUCUCCACGGCGAGCAGUACAAGUUCCCCACCAGGGGACGGCGCAAGAAGGACCAGGUCAUGGACUCGACGCUGCAGCGUCUAGAGGCAGAAGUCCCAGCGCCCACGGGUAUGAUCGCCAUUGUCUUCACGGAUAUCAAGAACUCGACGAACCUGUGGGAGACGUACCCGGCCGCGAUGAGGUCUGCCAUCAGGCUGCACAAUGAGAUGAUGAGGAGACAACUGCGUCGCAUCGGUGGAUUUGAGGUCAAGACUGAAGGUGACGCCUUCAUGGUAUCGUUUCCCACAGCGACAUCGGCUCUGCUCUGGUGUUUUGCUGUGCAGCUGCAACUGCUCGAGGUCAACUGGCCGUCUGAGAUGCUCAACUCGCUCUCGUGCAAACCAACGGUUGAUAAGAAUAACCAGGUCAUCUUCAAGGGACUGUCGGUCCGCAUGGGUAUUCAUUGGGGCGAGCCACUCUGUGAGCCAGAUCCCAUCACACGUCGUAUGGACUAUUACGGUCCGAUGGUGAACAAGGCGUCUCGUAUCUCAGCCGUUGCCGACGGAGGGCAGAUCACGGUUUCAUCCGACUUCAUCUCGGAGAUUCAGAGAUGCCUGGAGACUUACCAGGGAGCAAACGCCGCCGCUUUGGUAAACGAGUCCUUUGAUGAGGACCCCUUCUCGAUGGCGAUCCGAAAGGAGCUACGGUCACUCAGCAGCCAAGGCUUUGAGGUCAAGGAGCUGGGUGAGCGCAAACUGAAGGGUCUCGAGAACCCAGAGGUGGUGUAUUCUCUUUACCCACACCAGCUGGCGGGUCGCAUCGAAACGCAUCAGGCACACGAUAAGGGCGUGACGGCUGCUGCUCCCGAGUUGAUCGAGAACACGCCAGCGGUUCUCAAGGAGGGUUCGGAGCUCGACUUUGACCCAGAGAUCAUAUGGGGUCUGUGGAAGCUGAGCCUUCGGCUCGAAAUGCUGUGCAGCAGUCUUGAAUACGUGGGAGGUCGUGGGCUGCAGGCGCCCGAGACGGAGCUGCUCGAGAGGAUGAAGCAGAGGGGUGGAGAGGUCACGGAGAGCUUUCUGGUCAACUUCAUGGAGCACCAGAUCAGCCGCAUCGAGACCUGCGUCUCCACACUCAGCAUUAGACACCUCAACAUGGGGGGCGGCACUAUCAAGGAGCUCGACGACCUCCGUGGGCCCAUCUCCAGCGUCCUGGCCAACUUUAGCAAGCAGAUGGCCGAGCUUCAACGCUACAAAGCGCUCUACGGGCCACUUGAUGCGAUUGAGGAUGGCCAGCAAGCAUCUUAAUGAUGCCACCAAUUAUUUGGUGGUAUUUAUUAUGCAUACAGAUGACAACUCUUGCCUUCAAGGGCCAGGGCCACCUUGUUGUUUUGUUUUCUCUAUUAUUUUCUCUUCCUACUAUUGUCUUGAUAUCCCCCCGAUCUAGAGAGCUGUGCUUUUCUGUCACCGAUUCCUUGUUUUCUUUGGGGUUUCUUUGGAUAUUUUAUUGGAAACGCAGCGAGAAGAAAAAAUGAUGAGAAAUGUGUGUGUUGCAUUAUUCCAUUUUUAUUAUUAACCUUUUUUUAUACUGGACAUGGUCUAGCCCCGCUGGAUAUCUGUCGAGGGCGGGCGUUUGUUUCCUCUACGAGGUGCAGCGGAUUCACGUUUCAUUGUCCUUGUUUUUUUUUUUUUUUUUUCUCUCUCAUCCCUAGGUUUUACCACCUACUUACUACACACCUACCAUGGCCAUACGUUUUUUUGGUGAGCACGGUUGGCUAGACUGUGUUGCUCGAGCUGUGCUUGUGUUUGUACGUGGGAGCGAGAGGACACGAGAGGGUGUGGGAGGCUUACCUACAUACAGCUGGCCCUUUUGGUUUCAUUGGUUGAUACCUCAGGUUUUUGGGUUUCUAUGGUGGUGGGGAGGGUUGCCUUCGAGGUGUACCGCGCAUAGCUGCCGUGAGGCUGGAAAAGAAAAAGUCACGACGUGGGACGAUGGGUGCCUUUUUUUCUUCUUUUUUUUUUCUUUUUUCGUUGUGAGGUUGGAUCAUGUUCUUCUGCCUGCCUAACCAACCCUGCCUUGUUGUUACCACCUAGAAGGCAUAUUCAUUUAUCAUUUUAUUUGCUGUUGUUGUUGCUGUUCUUGGGAGGACCACAGCACAUUAGUACAUCUUUAUAAUCAAACCGCACCAUUACCAUCG